AUGAGUGCUGAGGUUGAUGAAGUCGAGAAGUCUAGUCAGGAGGAAAACGGUACCUGGGUACCAGGUCCUCAGUCCGAGCUUCCGCCGCGAUAUUGGCCAAUCACAGCCCGCACCCUGGCCGGUUUGAGCGCCAGAUUUUGUGGGCCCAUCCGAAGGUAUCGCAUCGGGGUGCAGAUUGAAAAAAAGUCGAAGCUCGCGCGACAUCACUUCGAGCUCCUGGUGUUGAGGCGCGCCAGUCGGAUUCUUCCACCACAACACAACCACACCAUGUUCCGGACAAGAUUAAGGAUACCGCGGGUCAGCCUGCCCCGGCAGCGCCCGGCCGCGGCCGUCUUCCGCCGCUCUCUGCACGAUGUGCCCACCGUCGGCUACUCAGGAGCUGAGGGCAUCCCCGGCCUGCUGUCGCCCGACGGCUUCGACCUCGCCUACACCCAGUACAUGCAGUUCGUGACCGAGAAGCUCAAUUCUCUCAUCGCAGACACGGAUCUCGAGAGGAUGGAGACGAGGCACAUCAUCAGCAGAACCGCCCGCGAGCCGUCGCAAGCGCCCAUCUUCAACUACGCCUCCAUGGCCUUCAACAACCACUUCUUCUUCAAGAACCUCAAGCCCAAGGAGGACCCGAGACCUGACGGCUCCGAUGCCCCCAACCCGAUACCCGAGAAGCUCAAGGCGGCCCUCGAACUCUCCUUCAGCUCCAUGGAGACGCUGCGCCUCGAGAUGACCCUGACCGCCAACGCCAUGUUCGGCCCCGGCUUUGUGUGGCUUGUCAAGCUCCGCAAGUCGGACCAGUACCGCAUCCUGACCACCUACCUGGCUGGUUCGCCGUUCCCUGACGCACACUGGCGCCGCCAGGGUGUUGACACCAACACCGUCUCGGGUCCUUCCUCGUCUGAGCAGGACAACGUGGCACAGCAGUUCUUCGGUCGCUCCCAGCUCGGUGCCGGAGCCGCCAAUGGCUCCAUGUGGGCCAAGAACCAGGCCCCUGGUGGCAUCGACGUCACCCCCAUUCUGUGCCUCAACACCUGGGAACACGUGUGGCUCCGAGACUACGGCAUCGGCGCCGGUGGCUACGGCGGCAAGAGACUGUACGUGGACAACUGGUGGCAAUGCAUCAACUGGGAGAACGUGAUGGAGGCUGCGCAGCUCAGGGACAGGAACUUGUAUGCCUCGAAAUAG